AUGUCCCCUCUGACGGCUGCACGUUAUGCUAAGGAUGAUGUAGAUCAGGAGACUAAAUGGUGGAAGGAAUUCCCCAGAACUAAGUAUGUUGAGCGUGCUCGUGCUCAACCUAUGUAUGAGAACUACAUGAGCGAAAUCUGGUCUAAGCCCAAAAGAAUGGCUAGAAGUGCUUCCUUCACUAACUUGACCUAUAUCAAAGAAGCUGUUCACGACUUCCCCAUCCAUAAGGCGGAUUCCGUUUCUUCCUUAGCUCCAUCUUUGGCCCUGCCACAGCAUAUGAGAGAAGCCGAGAGAAUUGUUCAUACUGUUCCAGUUUACAAACCACACGUGCAUAACUGGUAUACCAACAGCUAUUCUCAAGCUCGAUUCAAGGAUACGCACGAUGUUAUCAACAAGCCUUACAAGCCUGCCGUCAAUUACGUGUCUGAAGCUUCCAGUCAUGUGCCUUUUUACACCUUCCAAACCAAGAGAAUUUUCUUCAACGAAAAACUGAAUAAUCAAAAGUCUUACUUACGUCAGUCUCAAAACUACCUCGACAGAUAUGUCGGUGCACGCUUGAAGGCUGAUGAUUACGCCAAUCGGUUUGCAUAUUCAGCUUAUGAAUGGAGAAAGCCUCAAGACCACAGCUUCAACAGACAUUUCAUGUACGAUCACGGGGUAACUGUUUCUACUCCAACUGGAAACCCUGUAUCUUUCUACGAUAAGCAAUCGUUGAGAAGAAUGUACAAGUUGACUGGAAGAUUCUAUUUCUAA